AUGACCAACACAUCGAACCAAGUGGAAUCUGCGCAACAGGAUCAUCCCUCUAUCCCAUCGCUAUCGGACGUUCUGCCCUCUUUCAGACUAGACGGCCAUGUCACCAUCGUUACAGGCGGCUCCGGCGGUCUGGCCCAUACCCUGGUACAAGCGCUUUUGGCCCAGGGCUCAGAAGUGGCUUUAUUGGAUUUGAGUGUCGAGAGACUCGAGUACACGGCACGUGAGCUGCAGGAAUUCAUCAAAGCUAACAAGUUGCCCAAGCUGAACGUUUCUACCUGGCCGUGCGACAUCGGUGACGCCGCCAUUGUGGACGAAGUGGUGCGUGCCAUCCCUCUCAAACACAACGGCAUCGUCCCGGACAAAUUGGUGCACACCGCCGGCUACUGUCAAAACACCCCAGCUCUCGACUACGAUGCCAGACAGGCUGAACUGCUGGUGCGUGUGAACUUGAUGGGUUCUAUGUACAUUUGUCAGUCGAUGUCCCGUCUUCUGAUGCAGCGUUCGCAACGUCGUCGCUCGGUGUCGUCAGAAGACGACUCCGCCGCUGAGGCGUGUCCUCAGCUGUCCAACGUCUCGUACGUGCUCAUCGGAUCCAUGUCUGGUUGUAUCGUUAACAACCCACAGCCUCAGGUCGCCUAUAACAUGGCCAAGGCCGGUGUCAUCCACAUGGUCAAGUCUUUGGCCUGUGAAUGGGCCCGCUACGGUAUCCGUGUGAACUCCAUCUCUCCAGGCUACAUCGCCACAGCACUCACCAAGAAGGUCAUUUCCGGUUCGCCAGAAGGUGCGGCUUUGCAACAGGAAUGGACCUCUCGUGUCCCAAUGGGUCGUAUGGCCGAUCCUCGUGAAUUCGUCGGUGCCAUGUUGUACCUCUUGAGUUCUUCUGCAUCCAGUUACACUACCGGUGAAAACUUGGUCAUCGAUGGUGGCUACACCUGUUGGUAA